AUGGCUUCUUCACCUAUCACAGACGUAGCCAUCAUUGGUUGCGGUCUCUCGGGUCUCUGCGUUGCUCUCGUCCUCAGAUCCUACUCGAUUCCAUGUACUAUCUAUGAAAAGCGCAGCACACAUCGUCAGGGAGGUUCCAUCAGCCUUUUUCCCAACAGUCUGCGAAUCCUCGACUCACUAGGAGUAUAUCAGACUAUCCGUGCCCAUGGCUUUCCUCUUUCUACCUCUAUCAUCAAGGACGAGUCAUUUCAAACCAUCCGCACUGUCCAAGUCUGCGAUGAGGCCCGCUACGGUUAUCCACUGCUUCGUAUCGCGCGCGACGCGAUCCUCGACGUUCUCGUUGCAGCUGCACGGGAGCGUGGUGUGGAGAUCUACUUUGACCACCGUUUCGUUUCCAUCGUUCCGUCCGCAGACGACGCACCCCCGUCGGAACCGAUCACCCUCACCUUUACCAACGCCGCUCCCCGGUCUGCAGCCCUCGUCGUCGGUGCGGAUGGCCUGCGCUCUCGGGUUCGCAGUGUGACGCCGUCGUUCAAGUCCGCCGAUCCACAGUAUGUCGGCCAGGCUCUGAUUGCCUGGUCUGUACCGUACGCACAGCUGCGGUAUCCGGUGCCUCUCUCCGAGGUACCAUUGGGUAUGGCAAUGAUAGUGCGACGAGGCAUGGUGCUCUUCGUCCCCGACGAUCCCAGCGGGAAAAGCGUGCGCGUAGCGGUGCAAUUGGCGCUCACGCACCGAGAAUUUCUGGCGUGGAAAACCCUCGGCGGACAACGCGACAAGUUACUCGAUAUUCUGCGGAAUGGCGGAGAGCAAGGGGAAAAGGCCGCAGACUGGGAAUGGCCGGACUUGGUCGCAUCCGCCAUCGAGAUCGCAGAGAAGGACCAUGAUAGUAUCCCUAUAUUUCUAUGGCCGUAUUUCACCAUUCCAACUAUGGAGACGUGGGUUGCGAAAACAGACAAGGCCGUGUUACUAGGAGAUGCAGCGCAUGUCUUUCCGCCCACGGGCGCGCAAGGUGCCGGAAUGGCCAUCGAGGACGCUCAUGGGCUGGGAAUGGCGCUGGCUGAAGCAAUGACAGGGACAACAGAUAUCAGCCUGGCUCUGGCACAGUGGCAGUCCUGGCGGAGGCAACGGGUGCAGCAGGUGACGGAAUUCUCAUCCCAGGUGAACAAAAGCCGCGUAGCGCUGGCCAGUUCAGGUCAAGACAGGGGCAAAGCCCCGGCGGAACAGGGAUUCCGUGAUGAUAUGGACUGGCUGUAUGGGUGGCGGUCAGCAGAACAGUGGUCACUCUGGAAGCAGCAGCAGGAGGAUAAGUCCUAG